GCAGAUAAGGCGGAGUCAAUUUUGCCUAGCGUUCUGGCUCUUGCAGCGGAAGUGAAUGCAGGCGGCUGUUGCUCGCGCAUUUUUGUUUCCCUGGGAGUGAGCUUUGUCGCUGAGAACAUCUGGCUUGUUGCUACAAAGACUAUUGACAUUGGUGGCUUCAGCAGCGGCCGCUUAAGGUAGAGAUAGUUGCUUUCUGCAGAAGUUGCAGGCAUCAUUCCCUAGAAUUGCAAGAGGCUCGGCGCCCAUAGUGGGAGACAUGCCUCGGGGUCGGAAGAGUCGGCGCCGCCGUAACGCAAGAGCCGCGGAAGAGAACCGCAACAAUCGUAAGAUCCAGGCCUCAGAAGCUUCUGAGACCCGGAUGGCCACUUCUCUGGCCCCAGGCACCCCGGAGGACGACCUGAGUGGCCCUGAGGAAGACCCUAGCACUCCGGAGGAGGCCUCCACUACACCUGAGGAAGCCUCCAGCACUGCUCAAGUACAAAAGCCUUCCGUAGCCCGGAGCAAUUUUCAAGGCACCAAGAAAAGUCUCCUGAUGUCCAUAUUAGCCCUCAUCUUCAUCAUGGGCAACAGCGCCAAGGAGGCCCUGGUCUGGAAAGUGCUUGGGAAGUUGGGGAUGCAGCCUGGCCGGCAGCACAGCAUCUUUGGAGAUCCAAAGAAGGUCGUCACAGAGGAGUUUGUGCGCAGAGGGUACCUGAUUUAUAAGCCGGUGCCACGUAGCAGUCCCGUGGAGUAUGAGUUCUUCUGGGGACCUAGAGCACAUGUGGAAUCGAGCAAGCUGAAAGUCAUGCAUUUUGUGGCAAGGGUGCGUAACCGAUGCUCCAAGGACUGGCCAUGUAAUUAUGAUUGGGAUUCCGAUGAUGAUGCAGAAGUUGAGGCUAUCCUUAAUUCAGGUGCUAGGGGUUACACUGCACCUUAGGGCAAUCUGGAGCAGACACUUGAGGGGGGUUGGAAACAGCAUGAGGUACCCAAAGGAGUAGAUUAGCUGGGUGCUGAGUUGAAUAUGAUGGGAAAAGGGAGACAUUUGGUAUUUGUGAUCAGUGCUAAUUGUUAACUGCAAAAUAUUGUACAAUUGUAUACGUCUUAAUAUAGUGCUGGUAAAGGUCACAAUAUGAUUAAAAAUAUGAUUACAGAAA